CUUCGUAGUAUACCUUGUUUUCAAAACCAAAAUGCUUUCACAUUUUUUGAUAAGUAGAUAAGAAGUAGCAAGGCUCUAACUUAGCUACUUAUCAUUUUCGCAGCAAGAUUUUUAUACAUGGGACUAUCUAAAUCAUCGCGAUUUAGUUUCUCGACACUAGUGGUGGUGUUACUAGUGUUUUGCACGGUGAUAGGUUCAACGAUGUCAAUAAAUGAUAACCAAGAAGCGAUAGGUUAUGGGUACGAGGUUAAGAAUACCAAAGUUGUUAACUACAUCUUGUCUGCUUCGCUGCAGCUUAUUCAAAACUCUAAUGUUUACGGUCCUGAUAUUCAGCUUCUUAGCCUCACAGCUAGCUACGACAAAGAUGAUACCUUAAGGAUCCGAAUCACGGAUGCAAAGAAUCGUCGGUGGGAAAUCCCCAAUGAAGUCAUCCCUCGUCCACCUCCUCCACCAUUUGCUUCACCACUUGCCUCCCUCAAACAUCUUUCUAAUCCACAGCGACAUAACGAACCAACCACCACAAUCCUAUCCCACCCUAACUCCGACCUAACCUUCACUCUCUCCCAUACUUCUCCCUUCGGCUUUUACGUCUCUCGUAAAUCCACUCAUGACGUCCUCUUCGAUACCACUCCUACAUCAGAUCCCAACACUUUUUUCGUUUUCAAGGACCAAUACCUCCACCUCUCCUCCUCUCUUCCACCUCAAGACGCCCACUUAUAUGGGCUCGGUGAGCAUUCCAAGCCUGAUUUCCAAUUGGCGCAUAACCAAGUCCUUACUCUAUGGAAUGCCGACAUUGCUAGUUUCAAUAGGGACCUUAACUUAUAUGGGUCUCACCCGUUUUACAUGGAUGUUCGGUCUGCACCGGAGGCAGGAUCCACCCAUGGGGUGUUUCUAAUGAAUAGCAAUGGGAUGGAUGUAGAGUAUACUGGUGAUAGAAUUACUUACAAGGUGAUUGGAGGUAUUAUAGACCUCUACAUCUUCUCCGGACCAACACCUGCACAAGUUGUGGAUCAAUAUACAAAGCUCAUCGGCCGCCCCGCUCCAAUGCCUUAUUGGGCCUUUGGUUUUCAUCAAUGUCGUUGGGGUUACCGUAAUGUCAAGGAGGUCCAGUCUGUGGUAGAUGGCUAUGCAAAAAUGAGGAUUCCUUUAGAUGUAAUGUGGACUGAUAUUGAUUACAUGGAUGCCUUCAAAGAUUUCACUCUAGAUCCUGUUAAUUUCCCUCGAAAAAAUAUGCAGCAAUUUCUUAACAAACUCCAUAGUAACGGCCAAAGAUACGUUCCAAUUCUCGAUCCCGGGAUCAAUACAAAUAAGUCGUAUGGAACUUUCGUGAGGGGAAUACAAGCUAAUGUGUUCAUCAAGCGGGAUGGUAAACCAUACCUAGGUUCUGUUUGGCCAGGACCAACUCACUACCCUGAUUUUCUAGACCCUGCAGCUCAAAAUUUCUGGAUACAAGAAAUUAAAAGAUUUAGAAAUAUUCUUCCCUUUGAUGGUGUUUGGAUCGACAUGAACGAAGCUUCGAAUUUUAUUACUUCUGAGCCUACUCCUGGGUCUAGCCUAGACGAUCCGCCAUAUAAGAUCAACAAUUCUGGAGGGCGAGUACCGAUAAACAGCAAGACGAUUCCAGCAACCGCUAUGCAUUAUGGCAAUGUACCAGAUUACAAUGUUCAUAACCUAUAUGGGUUUCUCGAAGCUAAAGCCACCCAUGAAGCACUUGUUAGAACCAGCAACAAAAGGCCCUUUAUACUGUCCCGAUCAACGUUUGCUGGCUCUGGGAAGUAUACUGCACAUUGGACUGGAGAUAAUGCUGCAAGAUGGGAUGACUUAAAGUACUCGAUUCCAACUAUGUUGAACUUCGGACUCUUUGGGAUGCCAAUGAUUGGAGCCGAUAUAUGCGGUUUUGCUGAAAAUACUACAGAGGAGCUUUGUCGUCGAUGGAUACAGUUGGGUGCCUUCUAUCCAUUUUCGAGGGACCAUUCGGCACGUGAUACUACUAAUCAGGAACUCUAUCUAUGGGGAUCUGUCACUACUACAGCUCGGAAAGUGCUAGGACUUCGCUAUCGACUCCUACCCUACUACUACACUUUGAUGUAUGAGGCAAACCUGCGAGGGAUCCCUAUCGCAAGACCUCUAUUCUUCUCCUUUCCAGACGAUAUCACAACCUAUGGAAUCAGCUCACAGUUCCUCGUUGGCAGAGGAAUCAUGGUUUCACCUGUUCUGCAACCUGGGGUAGAAUCUGUCAAUGCAUACUUUCCUAGAGGAAACUGGUUCAACCUUUUCAACUACUCGUCUUCAGUGAGUCGGCCUUCAGGGAGUUACGUUAAUCUUAAUGCAUCAUGGAAUGACAUCAAUGUUCACAUCCAGGAAGGUAAUAUUGUGGCUAUGCAAGGAGAAGCCAUGACAACCACCGCAGCACGGAACACACCGUUCCAUCUAUUGGUGGUUAUGAGUGACCACACUUCAACCACAGGAGAACUUUUCUUGGAUGACGGAGUUGAAAUGAACAUGGGAGGAGACUCAGAAACAUGGAGCUUGGUUAAAUUUUCAGCAACAUCAGGAAAAAAUGGUGUGACAAUCACAUCAAGUGUUGCACAUAGAGGAUUUGCUAUGAGUCACAAAGGAGUCAUUGAUAAAAUAACCAUUCUGGGUCUUAGAAGAAGAGUAAAGAUCAAAACUUAUAUGGGUGCAGAAGCAACAAAGAUUGCAGAGUUGGGAGUGACAUCGAGUUUUAGAAACCAGCAGGGUUUUGUUGUGUCGGAGAUUUCAGAUUUAAGGCAGCUAAUAGGACGAGACUUUAAGCUCCAGCUGAAGUUUGAAGGCGCAACAUGAUACAGGAAACAACAUACUGCGUUCCCUUUAAGUUUUCGCUGAUAUGCAUGAUUGAAUAAAAACGAUUGCCAUACAAGUUUGUCAAAAAUCAUGUAUUAUCAAUUAUAAUUGUCAAUCAGUUAUACUAUCAAAUAUUAGUUGACAAAUAAAA